GCGUCCACAACUGUGAAUAUUUAGCCAUGCAGUGGCCAGUGGCAGCACUAUGCCUGGCGGUGGCCGCUGUGUGGAUGCACUACAUCGCUACCUUCAACAAGGACGACUUCUCCGUAGUGUACUCCACUGUCCUUCCAGCACUAGCCCCUGCGCUCGAGUCGGGCGUUGUGCUUAUCGAUGAUGGUGCUUUGGUCCCAAAGUACCGCUCCGACAUUGUAUCCAUGGAGGUGCUAACUACACUACUACUACCUGCUCUCGUUGAUUGACGUUUAGAGGAAUAGACCCAACACUUCAUUGCGCCGUCAACCACUUGCGUGGACCUCCCUCGACCGGUCGGACCGAUCACACCUGUCACCACGGUCAUGGCAUCUCCCGUCCCGCCGACGAUGGUGUUUAUGCUCCUCAAUGGCGCCAACGACGGACUGUACUUCACAUGGCACGACGGUUGCCUCCAUGCAGUAGGACACAUGGCGGCCGUGGCGCUCGGCGCCGACGCGGACUGGGUAUCCCUCGGCAUUCGUCUGUACAACCAGCAAGGCCACAUCGUCCAGGACGCCGCCGACGUCCGCACAAGUGGCGGCAUUCUGCACGUGUUGCUUGAGUUCCAAGUAUGGGUCUGGCCUGGAAUUGCCGUGGGAUACACGACCACCGUCCAAUGCGACCAUCCAGUCAGCGAAUGUGAACAUCCACCAAUCACCCUCACCACCCUCAGCUUAUCCCCCAAAGUGUUUGGCGUGAGUGGGUUCGUGAGCCAGGACGAUGCCGACGCCAUCUUGAGCCAAGGCCAGCCCCAUCUAGAUCGAUCGCGAAUCGACGACAAGGGCGUGCGAGGCAUUUCCACGACGCGAACAAGCCACACUGCGUUUCUACCCCCGAGCCAACUGACACGGCAGCUCCAAGUCCGAGCGGCCAAGCUAGCUCGCCUGCCUAGUCCUAGCUUUGCCGAACGGACCCAGCUGGUGCGGUAUGCUCCUGGCGAGUAUUACAAGCGACAUCUCGAUACAUUCAAUAACAAGCAGAUUGUACCCAAACCCUCAUACAAUUACACUGAUUUUGAGGAUUGGGCGGCGUGGGCUGCGGCUGCGGUGGACUCGAAGGAUAUCACUUGUAGUAGUAGUAAUACUACUAGUACUACUACUGCGAGUGACGAGUGUUGGAACGGCCACAAGUGGUAUCCGAAUGCGUCGUCGACAGAGUUCACACAAGAGCUACUAAGGGCAUUUUGGAAUUAUGCCAACGCGACCAACUACUUUUCCUCUCGCUUGGACAAAGCAUGGGACGAGUGGCUCGACGUGAAUUUACAUGCAAAUGCUUCGGGCAUCAUGAAGGUUUUGAUGGAAAGCAAAGGCGAGUAUUUGCCCACGAUAGUUCGGGUGUGGGAAGCCAAGGCGGGGAAUUUUCCCCAUUUGCGCUACACGUUUCCGAAACGUCGACCGCCCCAUGGCAUGAGUCAAUGGUAUCGCUGGGUGCGCAAUACAAAGGAAACCAUCGCGUCUCUCAGCCAAGCUGCCCCCGAACUGAUCCAGCCCUAUGGAGACCUUUAUCCCAAGUUUAACACAGCUUUUGAGACUAAAGUGCUGACUCUAUUGCGAGUGCGCAUCGCCACCGGCGGGGUAACCAACGUGCUGUCCAAUGAUUGGCUGGCCUGGCUCGACGAGAACAACGGGCGCCGCAAUGUCCUGCUCCAAUUGGUGCAAGAAGUCGGAUCGUCCUUGGUGCUCCAUCUGAUUCAGUCGUGGGAACUCCAAGUGCAAUUUGCACCUGUGACAGGGUACACUUUGCCUUUGUAUGUGCCACACAUUCCGCCCCAGCGAUUCGCCACGUUGUUCGUGUACGUCAACUCGGUCGACGCUGGCGGCGAGACGGCAUUUCCUUUUGCCACGUCAUCGCACGCAGUCAACCGUUCCACGAUGACCGAGUGUAAUCAAGGCCUGGCGGUGCCGCCGGUGGCGCUGCAAGCGGCGCUCUUCUACGUCCAAACGCCGACGAUGGAGGUGGACGAGAUGGCCAGCCACGGCGGGUGUCCGCCCAGAGGUGACAACGUCAAGUGGGGUGCUAACCAGUUCAUGUGGAACGCCGACGCAGAGGAAGGCGCGGCCGUGUGGCUCGAUUCGACAUGAUCACACACAGUAGUGGCAUGCAUACAGUAUCAAAGAAGUACAGUACUGGUAUCCAGUGUGGACUGAACGAAUCUUCAAUUGCAUUUACAGUUAGAAACAAACACGACCUGAAC